AAAAUGAAUCAUGAUUCUAGACAAUGAAUGUCACCAUUGUAUUCUGAGAGAAGCUGUUAAAACCAGCUAUGUUGAUUAAAAAUACUCAGAAUCUUACUAGAAGAUUAAUAAGAAAUUUAAACAGAUAUAGAAGGUUAUAUUGUGGUAAUUCAGGUGAUUUUGUGCCUCAUGUUGCUGUUAUUGGAAGUGGACCUGCUGGAUUUUAUACUACACAACAAUUAUUGAAGGCACAUCCCAAAUUAAAAGUUGAUAUAUAUGAGAAAUUACCCAUUCCAUUUGGUUUAGUGAGAUAUGGUGUAGCUCCUGAUCAUCCAGAAGUCAAGAAUGUGAUAAAUACGUUCACUCAAACAGCCCAGAAUGAAAGAUGUAAUUUUAUAGGAAAUGUUUCCAUUGGUACUGAUAUUACUAUCAAACAUUUACAGAAAGCUUAUAAUGCUAUUGUUCUGUCAUAUGGUGCUGAUGCUGAUAGAAAGUUGGAUAUACCAGGAGAGAAUCUACCAAAUGUUAUUUCAGCUAGAGCAUUAGUGGGUUGGUACAAUGGUCUUCCACAAGAUAGAAAUCUGGAAGUAGACCUAUCUUGUGAUACAGCUGUAGUUUUAGGACAUGGUAAUGUGGCAUUAGAUGUAGCUAGAAUUUUAUUAACUCCCACAUCAACCUUAUCUAAAACAGAUAUAUCAAAUCAUGCUUUAGAAGCUUUAUCAAAGUCCAAUAUUAAAAAAGUGUAUGUAGUUGGCAGAAGAGGUCCCUUACAGGUUUCGUUUACUAUUAAAGAAUUACGAGAAAUGAUAAAUCUAGAAGAUUGUAGGACUAUUAUUGAAAAGGAGGAUGUUUCUUUUAUUGGUAGUUUAACUGAAGAGCUACCUCGACCUAGAAAAAGACUAACAGAUUUAUUAUAUAAAACAGGCUGUAAUCCAACUGAUAAUAAUCUUAUUCAUUGGAGUAAAGCUAUUCGAGAAUGGCAGUUAAAAUUUUUAUUGAGUCCAACUAAAAUAGUUUCUAAUAAUGACAAUAGAAUAGACAGUGUUGAAUGUGUGAAAAAUAGACUAGAAGGUGAUGAUAUAUUAAAUCAAAAAGCUGUGUCAACUGAUGAAACAGUGCAGAUAAAGUGUGGUUUGGUAUUACGAAGUAUUGGUUAUAAAAGUAUACCAAUUGAUGAUGCUAUACCAUUUGAUCAGAAGAGAGGUGUUAUACCAAAUGAAAAUGGUCGUGUAACUGGAGUCACAGGAAUGUAUUGUAGUGGGUGGGUUGGAUCAGGUCCAGUAGGUGUAAUACUAUCUACUAUGUCCGAUGGUUUUAAUACUGGUAAACUGAUUGUCAGUGACAUGAAUAGUGGUCUGAUUCCUAAUAUACAGAAGUCGGGGAAAGAUGGGAUUUUACCGAUACUCAGAGAAAAGGGUGUAAAUGUAGUAGAUUUUAAGAGCUGGGAGAAAAUUAAUAAAGUAGAAGUUGGUAAAGGAGAAGAAAUGGGAAAACCCAGAGAAAAAUUAACAGAUAUACAACAAAUGUUGGAUGCUACUCAAGAGAAAUCCUGAUGAGAAUUCAAACUAGAGAUAGUUAAUGAAUAAACUUCUUCUAUUU